AUGGCCCAGGCAGCUGCGAGGGGCCGCCCUGUCCUCAAGAGGGUCACAGUCUACCGGAAACCGAACUCACCCGAGAAAACCCGAACCAGCCCGCAGAAGGCAUUCAACAGAGGGUUGUCCAUCAAGCGCACGGCAGUGCGAAUGAAUGACGCCGGGGAAACGCCCCAGGGCUCCAGGGAAAGCCGCGUGGGUGUCUCUGAGGCCACAGCCCCAAAGGGGUCCGCAAAGCUGCUCCCGGCUCCCCGCCUUUUCAAGCCACCGAGCGCCCAGGGAGGAAGCGCGAGGCGGCGGCCCGCCCCGUCGCGUCCCACCCACCGCGUCCCCUCCCCUCCCGCUGCGGGAAAAGUUGCCGCGGGCGCCGCUGCUCACUGUGGGGCGGGCGGCGGACGAGAUGCGAGCGCGCGCGCGGCCCCGGCCGCUCUGGGCCGCUGUCCUGGCGCUGGGGCGCUGGCGGGCGUCGGCGUCGGAGGGCCCAACAUCUGUACCACACGAGGUGUGAGUUCCUGCCAGCUGUGUCUGGCUGUGAGUCCCAUGUGUGCCUGGUGCUCAGAUGAGGCCCUGCCCGUGGGCUCGCCCCGCUGUGACCUGAGGGAGAAUCUGCUACAGGACAACUGUGCCCCAGAGUCCAUCGAGUUCCCGGUCAGUGAGGCCCAAAUCCUGGAGGCCAGGCCCCUCAGCGACAAGGGCUCUGGAGACAGCUCCCAGGUCAUUCAAGUCAGCCCCCAGAGGAUUGCGCUGCGGCUGCGACCAGAUGAUUCGAAGACUUUCUCCAUCCAAGUGCGGCAGGUGGAGGAUUACCCUGUGGACAUCUAUUACUUGAUGGACCUGUCCUACUCCAUGAAAGAUGAUCUCCGGAGCAUCCAGAACCUGGGUACCAAGCUGGCCUCCCAGAUGCGCAAGCUCACCAGUAACCUGCGGAUUGGCUUUGGGGCCUUUGUGGAUAAGCCUGUGUCACCCUACAUGUACAUCUCCCCACCGGAGGCCCUCAGAAACCCCUGCUAUGACAUGAAGACCACCUGCUUACCCAUGUUUGGCUACAAACAUGUGCUGACGCUAACUGACCAGGUGACCCGUUUCAAUGAGGAGGUGAAGAAGCAGAAUGUGUCACGGAACCGGGACGCUCCAGAGGGUGGCUUUGAUGCCAUCAUGCAGGCUACAGUCUGUGAUGAAAAGAUUGGCUGGAGGAAUGAUGCAUCCCACUUGCUCGUGUUUACCACUGAUGCCAAAACUCAUAUCGCACUGGAUGGAAGGCUGGCCGGCAUUGUCCGGCCCAACGAUGGGCAGUGUCACAUUGGCGGUGACAACCAUUACUCUGCCUCUACCACCAUGGAUUACCCCUCUCUAGGACUGAUGACUGAGAAGCUAUCCCAAAAAAACAUCAACUUGAUCUUUGCAGUGACUGAAAAUGUGUUCAAUCUCUACCAGAACUAUAGCGAGCUCAUCCCAGGGACCACAGUGGGGGUUCUGUCCACCAACUCCAGCAACAUCCUCCAGCUCAUUGUUGAUGCUUAUGGGAAAAUCCGCUCUAAGGUAGAGCUGGAAGUCCGUGACCUCCCCGAGGAGCUGUCGCUGUCCUUCAACGCCACCUGCCUCAACAAUGAGGUCAUCCCGGGCCUCAAGUCGUGUGUGGGACUCAAGAUUGGAGACACGGUGAGCUUCAGCAUCGAAGCCAAGGUGCGGGGCUGCCCCCAGGAGAAGGAGAAGUCCUUCACCAUCAAGCCCGUGGGCUUCAAGGACAGCCUCACCGUGCAGGUCACUUUCGACUGUGACUGUGCCUGCCAGGCCCACGCAGAGCCGCACAGCCACCGCUGCAACAACGGCAACGGGACUUUUGAGUGCGGGGUGUGCCGCUGCGGGCCCGGCUGGCUGGGCUCGCAGUGCGAGUGCUCCGAGGAGGACUACAGCCCCUCCCAGCAGGACCAGUGCAGCCCCAAGGAGGGCCAGCCCAUCUGCAGCCAGCGGGGCGAGUGCCUCUGUGGCCAGUGUGUCUGCCACAGCAGUGACUUCGGCAAGAUCACGGGCAAGUACUGCGAGUGCGACGACUUCUCCUGUGUCCGCUACAAGGGGGAGAUGUGCUCAGGCCAUGGCCAGUGCAGCUGUGGGGACUGCCUGUGUGACUCCGACUGGACCGGCUACUACUGCAACUGCACCACGCGCACCGACACCUGCAUGUCCAGCAACGGGCUGCUGUGCAGUGGCCGGGGCAAGUGCGAAUGUGGCAGCUGCGUCUGCAUCCAGCCAGGCUCCUAUGGGGAUACCUGUGAGAAGUGUCCCACCUGUCCUGAUGCCUGCACCUUUAAGAAGGAGUGUGUGGAGUGCAAGAAGUUUGAGCGGGGCGUCCUGCACGAGGAAAACACCUGCAGCCGCUACUGCCGUGACGAGAUCGAGUCUGUGAAGGAGCUGAGGGACACUGGCAAGGAUGCUGUGAAUUGUACGUACAAGAAUGAGGAUGACUGUGUCGUCAGAUUCCAGUACUAUGAAGACUCCAGUGGCAAGUCCAUCCUGUAUGUGGUAGAAGAGCCAGAGUGUCCCAAGGGCCCUGACAUCCUGGUGGUCCUGCUUUCAGUGAUGGGGGCCAUUUUGCUCAUUGGCUUUGCCUUGCUGCUCAUCUGGAAGCUCCUCAUCACCAUCCAUGACCGGAAAGAGUUUGCUAAAUUUGAGGAAGAACGAGCCAGAGCGAAAUGGGACACCGCCAACAACCCGCUGUAUAAGGAGGCCACGUCCACCUUCACAAAUAUCACCUACCGGGGUACCUAGUGACCAGACCACACCCUCCGAUCGCUCAGACCAUGCCAGGAUGGCGGGUGUCUCUGCUGUCAAGUUUACGGAGGACAGCUGUGUGUGUAGGGGGGUGUCUCUGGGUGUGUGUCCGUGAGAGAGUGCAGUGUGAGUGUGCGUGUAUGUGUGGGGAGGGUGGGGGAAAUGUGUAACUUAAAACUUGUGACGUGUCAGGUGAGCACGGCCCCUCCGCUUUUGUCCUCAGAGUGCCGCCUGCAGGGAUUCUGCCUGCUUAGCUUGAGGGUGCGUUCUGAGCUGAGCAGGUGUUCUUCAUUACCUCAGAGAGACGCCAGCUUCCCCCCGGGCCCCUUCCCCUGAAGAAAUGGGCGGGUCUGAGGCUUCUCGUUGCAGAGGGAAGGAUGCCCAGCCUGGGCCCCACCCCGAGUUCCUGUGCUUCUUCAGCCGACUCCCAGCAGCCAGGGUGGGAGGGACUGCUGCCAUCACCUCACGCUGGUUCCGUCGUCAGGGGAGUCCUUGUCACCUGACUCUCUGACCUGUGAGAGUGAAGCUAGCGGGGCCACUCAGGGCUCACACAUGGCCCGAGGGCAGUGCCAGUGUAGUCAGAACCCUUUGGGUUUGCCUGUGGGCAGCGCUACCCUAGAGGUUUGUUUAGAAGACGCGUGUCACCCUCAGACCAGCACCACCUCCUUACCUCCUACUUCCAUGCCCCCCGUCGUAGAUGUUUGCUGUGUACUGGGAUUUCUCUCACGACCAAAUGCUUUUCCUCCAAGGGAGAGCGCUGUGAUUAGAGCCAGCAGUCUGGCCCUGCGCUUCAGGCCUCUGCCCUUGGUCCAAGGUACCACCGCCACACCCACCCCUCAGCUCUGUGUGCUACUCCAUGGAUGGGAGUGAUUGCAUUUUCUACCUCUGGUGUCUGGUGAAGGAAUCCUCCCGUGCGUCUGCUGGGUGUAAGCGCCAGGAUGGAGUGAAGGGCCAGCCCUGCAUCGCUGUGGCUACUUCUCCCGGGGGCUGCACAACCUCCUUGUAGUUCAGUUUUUAAUCUGCGAGGCCAUGGUGCAGUUUUAUUUUGUUUCUCUCACUGGGGCACCUGAAACCACAUGAGGUUUGUACAACUGAAAGGAACAUGUGCAUAGACACACUUGCAUUAUUUUUGCAAUUUUAUUUGAUGACAAAGAAGGAGAGCCUGAACAGCCGUGAAGACUUGGAGGGAUACAGACACUCCCAUUCAGCAUCACUCAUAGUAAGUCACUGCCCAGUUGCUGGGUCUGUGAGGAGCUCUGUCUUCCCAGAAGCCUAUGGGCAUGGAUUUACGGACACACUGGACCUUUCCUAAGGAGGAGGGACUUUUCUUUUGUCUCUACAAUAGCAAUUGCUCCGUUAGUGUUGCCAUCCACCCAACGUUAAAAAUCACCACCCUGCCACCCCAGGAAAGGGGAAAGACCAAUAAAUGGUGAUCUGAUGAUCAAAAACCCUGGGUCCUGGCCUCUGUGUUGCAGCUAACACAGCUUUAACCUUCAGGAAGGCAAAUCACUUUCUUCUCCCCAGGACUCAGUUUUCUAGUUUGCAGAUGGAGUUGAACCAGCCAGUCUUGAAGAUCUCUCUUAGUGUCAACAUGCUAAGAUGCUGAGACGUACCGUGGCAGGAGACAUACAGUUAAGCUUCUGUGGGAUAUUGACAAUAGUUUCUUUUUAAGCUGGGAGAUUAGAGAGACCUGGCUUUGGCAAGAGCAGAUGUCAUUCCAUAUCACCUUUCUCAAUAGCAGUCUUACAUCCUGUCCUCUCCUGGAACCCCUUCUCCAACUUUUGGUAGCAGGUACAUCUCCUGAUGUAGCACCUCAGCUCCACUUGUUGUUUCUUAAUUCACAUAGCACUCAUUUGCAUCCACAUAUUAGGGAAGACAAAUUAGCAAGUAGCCCAUUCGCAUGUUAACACUGAGAAUGAGACUUGGAAUUAAGAAGGAGGCAAAUGACUGAACCCUGACUUGCCUGCACGUUGCCUCCUACUGUCAAGGGUGGGAAUAUGGUAGAAGGAUAAACAGGGAGGAGGGAUGAUCGAAAAUUCAGGAAGUUUAGAAACUACCUUCAACCUCCAGCUAAGGAGGCCGAGCUCAUGGGAGUAGUAGUGCGACGUUUUCUUUCUGUAAGAUGGCUUAUGUGAAACUCCAAUGAGGCUGGCACCACGGCUCACUAGGCUAAUCCUCCACCUUGUGGCGCCUGCACACCGGGUUCUAGUCCUGGUCGGGCGCCGGAUUUUCUGUCCCAGUUGCCCCUCUUCCAGGCCAGCUCUCUGCUGUUGCCCGGGAGUGCAGUGGAGGAUGGCCCAAGUGCUUGGGCCCUGCACCCCAUGGGAGACCAGGAGAAGCACCUGGCUCCUGCCAUCGGAUCAGCGCGGUGCGCCAGCCGCAGUGCGCUGGCCGCGGCAGCCAUUGGAGGGUGAACCAAUGGUGAAGGAAGAGCUUUCUUUCUGUCUCUCUCUCUCACUGUCCACUCUGCCUGUCAAAAAACAACAACAACAACAACAACAACAAAAACAAAACAAAACAAAACAAAAAAACUCCAUUGAAGGAGAGAGAAAGUGUAUGCAAAGGCUGGAAGAAUGAGGAGGGAUCUUUUCUGAGCUGCUUGAAUGAGGCUCAUAGAUCAUGAAGACCAGUGCUGUUUGUCAUCAUGUGGGGCUCACUGUGGCUAUGCUCAUGGGCAGCAGAUGCCAGCCUGGCGUAGGAGGAACUGACUAGCAUCCCAGCCUUGGAUAACACGGUGCAGUGGACUGUGCUCUGCUGCUUUGGAGACACUGUAUGUCCAGUCUCAGGGUCUGUGGACAGCAACGGGAAACUGAACAUUCCUGACAAGUUGUCAUAUUGAGGCAGUUCUUUACCUCUCAGAUGUUUCUAGGCCAUCCAUGAUUUCAAGAUACUUGUCUUUGUUAUUCUUGGUUGAAAUUGGCUCAGUGCCUUCCUGUCUUCCUAACCACCUUCUGUGUUUGAAUUGUGCAACAGUGAAUUAAAUGUGCUUUCCAAAAAGA